UUUUGAGUUUGUGAGCACAGACAGUGUGGCUGUGUGACGCAAAAUGCAGCUUCUUCUCCUGUGUGUUUCCCUGACCAUCUUGUGCUCUGCAGCUGAGGAAAAAUCUGAACCUUACUAUGUAGUAACAGUUCCAGGCCGGCUAACAUAUCCUUCCGAAGAUAAAGCAUGUGUGGUUUUUGAACAUCUGACUGGGGCAGUAAACUUCAAACUGGAAUUGCAUGAAGUAGAUACUGACCGGGUCGAACCGCUUGUGGAUGAAAAAAUAGAGGGCCACGAUUUUUCCCAGUGUUACACCUUCCAUGUUCCUUCCGUAUCAAACCAUUAUAAUUCCUGGCAUUUCCACAUGUAUGCAGAAGGGGAGAACCUCAAAGUCAAUGACACCAAGCAUGUGGCAAUAUUUAAAUUGAGUGAUACGAGCUUCAUUCAGACAGAUAAACCUAUUUACAAACCAGGACAGACAGUGCAAUUCCGUGUGGUAACUCUUAAUGAGAACUUCCAAAUAUUGAAGGAAAAGUUGCCGCUGGUGACAAUCACGAAUCCAAGUAAGAGCAUUAUUGCACAGUGGCUAGAUGUCUCACCUGUUCAAGGAAUUGCUGACUUCUCCUUCCAUUUGGCUGAUGAGCUUGCACUCGGAGAGUAUAGAAUUAACAUACCUCGUCAGGCCCACAAAACAUUUUCUGUGUCAGAAUAUGAGUUGAAGAAGUUUGAACUUGAUUUUCAUAUUCCCAAUACUGUAUCUCGAAAAGCUGAUGAAUUUACCUUAGAUGUUUGUGGAAGAUACACCUUUGGGAAGCCAGUUAAGGGCUCUGUAGAAAUCUAUGUCUGUAAGAACUAUGUCAUCCCAUUCGAUGAUGAUGAAAUUGAUGAUGAAGAACGUAAUGAUUGCCAUCAUAUAAGUGAUGCAAAGACUGAUGAAAAAGGCUGUGUCACCAAAAAGAUUAAUCUUGACUCUUUCAACUUAACAGAAUACACGUAUGUUUCACGUUUAACCGUUUCAGCUGCAUUUAAAGAACAUCACACAGGGCACGUGGAGAGAGGAUUUAAGUCACUCCAAAUUGGAAGCCCUGACCUCAUAAAAUUUACAGGCUUUGAUUUUUUUUAUCAUAAGGGAAUUCCCUACACUGGCACGCUGACUGUUGUGAAUGUGGAUAAGCAACCAAAAGCAAAUGAAAAUGUAUUCAUAAUUGUGAACAACGGUGAUGAGAGGACCAACAUAUCUCUGGUGACUGAUGACAAGGGAUUAGCUCAUUUUUCCCUUGAUACAUCUGAAUGGAAGGAGACUGUCAUGAUACAUGGAGCCUUUCAUUUGGAAGAUGACGAGGAAAAUGAUCAUUAUACAAUGGCUGGCAGAAUGCUUUUUCCUUUCUACACCGCAAGCAACAGUUUUUUUAAAGUAGAGAACAUUGCAAACAAGUUGACUUGUAAUGUUAAGCAGCCAGUAAAAGUUGAAUACUCGAUUGAUAAGAAUGACUUGAAUCCUAACUCCAAUGAACUUACUAUAUUCUACUUGAUUUCAAGCAAAGGAAGAAUCGUGACAGGUGGAGAACACAACCUGGAUGUUAAAGGAGAGUCAAGUGAUUCUAAUUUGCACGGUUUCUUCUCUCUGAAUAUUGAACCGACCAUCAGUUUUUUUCCUGAAGUCCAGCUGUUAGUUUUUACGAUAUUAAAGAAUGGGGCUAUCACUGCUGACAAAUCAACCUACCGAGUAUCAGCUUCUUACAAAAACAAGGUGAAACUUCAGUUUUCUGAAAAAGAGGUUAAUCCAAGAGGAAAGGUGAAUUUGGAUAUCACUGCAGAAUCCGGGUCCAUGUGCUCUGUACGUUCAGUAGAUAAAGGACUGUUACUUCACCAGUCUCAUGAAAGUCUCCUUCCUGACAUAGAGGCGUUUGAGCAUGAAGGAGGCAUGUUUUACUGGCAGUGGGCAUAUGGGCGAACCUAUGAACAAAGAGAUGCCUGCCAACAAAAUACUACUACACAUGAUCGAUAUUAUUCCCCUCAUGAAGCCUUUGAAGUAGAUGUGGAGAGCUUGUUUCAGACAAGCUUUUUAAGUAUUUUCACCAACACAAAGAUCCACAGACCGCAGAUAUGCUCAGACUUGGACUUCAAUCCUCGAGGGUCUGAAGGAAGAGCAGGACUUGCAAGGACUUCUCCUCCUAGACCAAAGGAACCAAAGAAGACUAUAGAACGCAAGGUCCUUCCCGAAUCAUGGAUUUAUGAUCUUGUAGGUGUAGGACCAGAGGGUCACACGCAGAUUUCCCUGACCACCCCAGACUCUAUCACUACAUGGGAGACGGAUGCAUUCUGUCUGAGUCAGUCUGGCUAUGGGGAGGCUGAGAAAGUUGAGCUUACCACAAUCCAAUCUUACUUUAUUGACCUGACGUUUCCCCACUCUGUGGUGCAGGAUGAGGUAUUCCCACUCACUGCCCAGGUCUUCAACUAUGAGAAGACGUGCUUGGUGGUGGGAGUGUGGUUGUCUGACUCUCCCGAUUUCAAAGCUGUCAAGACAUAUAAUGAGGACAACCAUUGCAUUUGUGCAGAUCAAUCUGAAAUAUAUACUUGGAAUGUCACUGCUAAAACAAUAGGUAAAAUCAAGCUGAAGGUCAGCAGUGGAGCACAUAAACUGGAGGGAGCUUGCCCAAGUGAUCAUCUUGAUUUGGGAGAAAAAGAAAUAGAAGAUUCCUUGGAAAAAACCAUCAUCGUAAAGCCAAGUGGAGUAGAGGAGGACAAGACAGAAACAUAUCGACUCUGCCCAGAAGGUGGAAGCGCAAGGCAAGAGAUAUCAUUGAAGGUUCCUGAUAACCGGGUCGCUGGAUCUGAACACGCUUACAUUUCUGUGUUUGGUGAUAUUCUCAAUAAUGCCGCUGAGAAUUUUGAAAAUAUCUUUGGUCUUCCUACUGGAUGCGGAGAGCAGAAUAUGGCAAAGUUUGCUGCAAGUCUUUAUUUGUAUCUAUAUCUAAACCAUACCAAGCAACUGAAACCGGAAAUGACAGAUAAACUUUUGAAAGCGUUGGUAGUAGGGUACCAGAAACAGAUGGAGUUCAAACAUGAAGAUGGCUCUUAUAUUGUAUUUCCAGGAGAUAAAGGAAAUAUUUGGCUCACAGCCUCUGUGGUGAGAUAUUUCAGUGAGGCUCAAAAAAUUAUACACACAGAAGACAAGAACAUCGAAGACUCUGUAAAGUACCUAAAAAGCGUACAACUGCCCAGUGGCUGCUUCCAACAGGACAUUCCUUAUUUUAACGUCUUUUUAGAGGAUGAUGAAGAACACAAAGACGAAGAUGAAGAUAUUCAACUUACAGCCUAUGUCGUAAUUUCUCUGAAAGAAUCUGGGCGGACAUUUGAAGACGGCCUUGUGGACAAUGCUUUGAGCUGUUUGAAGAAAAAAGCCCACAACGUGACUAAUACUUUUACGGAAUCCCUUCUGGCCUAUGUGUUUACUCUAUCUAAAGACGAAGACCUAAGGCAAGAUUUACUGGAAGACCUGGAGAAGAAAGCCAUAAAAACCGAGAUAUCCCUGCACUGGAAAAUUGAAAACAGUUACAGUGGAAAUGUUGAGAUAUCUUCCUAUGUAGCCCUGGCUUACAUCGAACAUCAUGCAACCUCUAAGGAUACAGCAAAGGAUAACGAAAAAGCUACACAAAUCAUUAACUGGAUGAUAAACGAACAAAGUUCAUAUGGAGGCUACUAUUCAACUCGGGACACGGUUACUGCUCUUCAUGCGAUAUCUGAUUAUGCGGCGCACACAGUCAUUGGGACGGGAGAUGUGUCAGUGACCGUUCGCUCACCCUCAGGUUUUAUGAAACAAUUUACUGUGGACCAAGCUCACAAUCAGCUCCUGCAGAAAGCAUCCCUGCCAGACAUCCCUGGAGAGUAUACAGUGACGGCCACAGGUGGUUCCUGUGUUUAUGUGCAGGCACAUCUGGAAUAUCAUGUUCCUGUUGUUAAGGAGGAAGACUAUUUUGCCCUGACCGUAAGCACACAGCCCCCAGUCUGCUCUUAUCAGGCAUUAACAAACUUUGAGAUUGUUAUAGAAGCCAGCUACACCGGUAAACGACCAUCCAGCAACAUGGCAAUUAUUGAGGUUGAGCUUCUCUCAGGAUUCGUUCCUGAUAAGAAGAGCGUUAAUAAGUUAUUAAAUAGUCCACAUGUGAAAAGAACAGAAAUCAGUGAGGACAAGGUGACAAUAUACUUGAAUGGGAUAACACAUGAGAAACAAACAUUAUCAUUUAUCACCAAACAAGAAACACAUGUGGAUAAUCUGCAUCCUGCUACCGUGUUGGUUUAUGAUUAUUAUGAGCCAGAGCAUCACGCAGUGGUGGAAUUUAAUUCUCCUUGUCAUAAAGCCUACGGUCAUUGUCCAUCAGAUGUCUCUCACAGGAAGAACUGUGGGCAUCCAACGAUUAAUAGUGAAGAAUGCCUCCAGAGACAUUGCUGUUAUGAUACAAGUGUCCCUCAAGUACCAUGGUGUUUCUUCCGUGAAUUUUAGACA